GUUAUUUUACUGCUGUGUCAUUUGUUAGGAUUGAAAGUUCACAAAAGAGUUGUCCUUACUUUCUUGCUAGAAACCGGCAAUAGGAAAUAAUAUUAAUAAUUUCAAUUAUCUCCUGUAGUAGAUUCUAGGAAUCUAGAGAGUAGAUCUACAUAUAUCAUUUAUUAAUAUUUCAGAACAUUUAGAUUUUAACAACAAAUAAUGUCGGAAUCAAAAAAAUUAUCUCGAUCAUCUCUUGAUCAGCUGAAAGACAUUACCACUGUUGUAGCAGACACAGGAGAUUUUGAAGCAAUGGAAAAAUUUAAACCCACUGAUGCAACUACAAAUCCAUCCUUAAUUUUUGCUGCAGCUAAUAUGCCAGCUUAUCAGAAACUAAUUGAAGAUGCUGUAGCUUAUGCCAAAUCACAAGGAGGUAAAGAACCUCAACAACUAAUUAAUGCCAUGGAUAAAGUUUGUGUCAACUUUGGUGUGGAGAUUUUGAAGAUUAUUCCAGGUCGUGUUUCAACUGAGGUGGAUGCAAGACUGUCGUUUGACACAGAGGCCAUGGUUGAAAAAGCCCAGAAGCUGAUCAAGCUUUAUGAAGAAGCUGGUAUUGGCAAGGAAAGAAUUCUCAUCAAACUGGCAUCCACUUGGGAAGGUGUGCAAGCUGCACGAAUUUUGGAAUCUCAAUUUGGCAUCCACUGUAACAUGACCCUUAUCUUUAAUUUUUAUCAGGCUGUGGCAUGUGCUGAUGCUGGAGCUACUCUGAUAUCUCCAUUUGUUGGGAGGAUCCUAGACUGGUUUGUUAGCAACACAGACAAAAAAACAUUUGAACCACUUGAAGAUCCUGGUGUCAAGAGUGUUACGAAGAUUUACAACUAUUAUAAGAAAUUUGGCCUAAAAACUGUUGUAAUGGGGGCUUCCUUCCGCAACACUGGAGAAAUUAUGGGACUAGCUGGAUGUGAUCUUCUGACCAUUUCGCCUGCUCUACUCGACAAGUUGUCACAGUCUACAGAAGUGGUUGAUAAACACCUUGACGAGGAGAAAGCCAAGGCACAAGAUAUCUCCAAGGUGACUGUUACUGAGCCCGUGUUUAGAUGGCAGAUGAAUGAAGAUCAGAUGGCCACCGACAAGCUUAGUGAUGGUAUCCGUAAAUUUGCAGCAGAUGCUAAUAAACUGGAAAAUGUUUUGAGAGAGAAGUUAGCUCUGUAGACCACCACAACACUGCCUUUAAUAGCUGUUAACAUUUUAAUAUAUUUAAACUAUUAGCAGAGAUUUUAAUAAGUAAAUAUCUAUUUAUUGAUUGGCACACAUUCAUCCUUAAGAAUGACAGAUUUUCUUAAACAGUAAAUGAAUAGGCCAGUUAAAUGAAGUAUUGAUUUUUAGUCUGUUUUUCAAGAUAAAAAUGUUUGUAUUAGUUUGCAACAGGCUAAACUCCACACUUAAGUUUGCAUCGAUAAUAUAAACAGAAAGUGUUUAUACUCAGGUUAUUUUUGUUUUGUCUAAAGUGGCUUGUGUAGUUUUUUUGUUAAUGCAGAACUUAGAUUGUUAAAUUGUUCUUCCCCCCUCCCCUCAAAGCUGUUUUGUUGUAUUCAUGUAAGGUUGGAGCUCUGUGGUUUUACAAAAUUUCCAACAGAUAAGCAAGCAUUGUUAACUGCCGUUUUGUUUUAUACAUUUAUAAUACAUUCAUUUGGCAAUCAAAAUAUGUGAUUAAGAUGUUUCAAUAAUGUUUAGCAUCUCUAGAUUAAAACAAAAUGACCAAAAAGUU